GCGUUUCCAUGAGUCACUCCAGGACUUUGUGCUGCCUGCCGUGAGGUGGGGAGGGGGUACCUCCGUGCCGACGUCCUACUCCGUGAUGUGAGGCACAGGCAUGCUCAGUAGCUGAUGCCUACCCCUCCUCUCUCGGCAACGGUGCCUACAACACUGAGAGACCGCUGGCAGCCGGAGCGGGGCCGGAAAGCCAUCUUUGCGGGAGCGGAGGCAGCGGCGGUCGGGAGCCAUGUCUGCUCCAGCUCCUACCCAAGGACCCACCAGUACUGGGGCUGCAGGGCCACCUCCUGCUACCAAUGUGUCAAGUAACAAACGGCUGCAGCAGACGCAAGCCCAAGUGGAUGAAGUGGUAGACAUCAUGAGAAUGAACGUGGACAAGGUGUUAGAAAGAGACCAGAAGCUGUCAGAGCUUGACAACCGGGCAGAUGCAUUGCAAGCAGGUGCCUCACAGUUUGAAACCAGUGCAGCCAAACUGAAGAGAAAAUAUUGGUGGAAAAAUUGCAAGAUGAUGAUCAUCCUUGGUGUAGUAUGCACAGUCAUUCUCAUUAUAAUUAUAAUUUAUUUCUCCACUUGAAAAGAUGAAGAAGGAAGACUUGGCACAACUUUGUUCGUAUCAACCAACAAUAUCAGUGUUCCUUUGUUGAACUCCGCUUUUUAAUUCCUGGUGUCUUGGGAUUUUUGCUUGUAAUAACGUAUAAGCAUUCAGUGUGGUGUGUUUUGGAAUUCUGUUGUUUCCACAAGAAACUGUACCAGCUAAAUACUGCCAAGUAGUUCCAUACACUGUCUUAUCACUGUGUCUUAAAAUGUGCACGCACUGACCUUCAGAAACUGUAGUAUAUGAAAAGCAUCCUAAAUAUCUCAGAAUUGGAGAAUGCAGCUAUGGGAGAGUUCCUGCGUAAAGGGACACUGUCAGGUGAGCUGGAUCCAAAAUCAAGGUUUCAGCAGACACGAGGGCCAAAAUUCUUAGUCUGAGUACCUAAAGUUGUGUGGCAAAAUCCACUAUCAGAUGCAGCUCUUUGAGGCAGCAAGUCUCUGCUACACUGGAGAGUGGUACUUGCAAGUAUUCAUAGAAUAUAUAAGACAUCUCUACUUAGCCAACCAAUCACAUAUGUUUUUGAAAUUAAAUGUGAUAUCCAUCUAAAAAUAUUACCUGCAGAAAAUAAAUAAGACUGCAUUUUAUGGAUUUAAAUUUUUCCUUGGAGUGUGUUCUGAGCAACUAAGAUGGCCUCAGUAUGAAAGCCAGAAAAAAGACUGUACGACAACCAGAAAAUGCUAGCUAGCACAAUCUUGAAAAAGCUAAGUGAAAUGCAAAAAUGGUAAUACAAGCACCAGAAAUAACCAAGAUGCAGAUUCUUGCUAAGAACUCAAGGCAGUGUUUGUCAGAAUUCAUAGAACUCUCUUCAAUGACAAAUCCCAAUACUUAUUGCCCUAACUUGAAGUAUAUGAAUGACUUUGGUGAUGUCUGUGGCUUCCCGUCACACCUGUAGGAAGCUGCUUCUGCAGUAUUUUGCAGAAAUGGUUCCCUUUGUGAGGAUCAGUUAAAAAUCAGGAAGAGGAGGAUGCAGUAAACAGAAGGAACUGUAGGGACAGAGGCCAGGGAAUGGAAACUGGAGGGUGCCUAGCAAAGCCUUCCUUGAGCAGAGGAAGGCAGAGAAACACUGUUCUAAAUUGGAGGUGUUAGUAGGAUUACUUACAAUUUAAUUUGUGUGUUUGUAUAGUUUAUAACCUAUAACAUCAUCUUAAUAAAGUACACAGUUGAGGUAUUUUUCAUACUUUAACCAACAUUUGAUACAAUUAAAGGAAAAGAUAUAUUGCAUUUUGGGGGAAAGUUGUAUGCUAUUAUUGUAAGGUUAUACCCAAGUGUUCACUUUCUACUACUUUUUAAAAUGCUGCACAGUUUGUUUUGAGGAGGAUGUGGAUAAUAUUGCGAGAGAAUUAUACCAAUUUUAAACAUAUCUAUUUAAACUAGAAAUGAAUUUUCAGAUUUUGAGCCAGGCAAUCCUGACAGCACCUUUUUAAGAUAAGAUCUUCAGAAUUUCUAAGAAUUGCUAGAUAUUUAUUUGUUUAUUUAUUGUUAAAAGUGUUGCCUUUUUUUUUUUCUUUUUUGCCUGCAACUCUGUUAAGGCACAUAAAUAGUUAAAUUAGCAGAUAUGCUCAUUGAAGAGCAUCUCUCUUGACACAAUCUUAGACUAAAAAAAAGAGAGAACCAGACAAGUUCACCACAGUAGAUCUUAAGUAGAAUUCUGUGGAGGGAAUAAGCAAUGAUUAGUUGAAUGGUUCCAACUGCAUUGUUUUUCUAUAUAUUUACUUCAUUUUCACAUGUAUUGCUUCAUACUGUUAACUAGCAGGUGGCCAUGGUCGUAAUAAAAGUAACCUUCAAACAUUAGUAACUUUCAAAGUUUCUGAUGUAUUACUGGUAGGCCCUGUUUGCUUCAGUUCAUCAGCUAAGUACAUGAACUAUUCUAAAAUCCUCAUGGAUCAGACAGAAAAUUAUGCUGUCAUUAAAGGGCCUGACUUUGUGAAAUGCUAUGAUUGUGUGUAAUUGAGCCUUUUCUGGAAAAAGAAUAAGCUAUCCAACUUCAGGACCCUUUUUAGACUAUUAAGAUAUCUGGAUAACUAACAACUAGAAAGAAUUACUUCCUGAUGGUGAGACCCUGCCACCCAUACUCACACUGAGCCUGACUUGAUCCUCAUAGAGCUUCUCUGCAGGAAUGCUGAAAUGUCUCAUGAGAUACAAAUAGCUUUCACUGGAGAUAGUACAACCAGUAAGGUUAAAUGAUACAGAUCCCUAAUGUAGACAGUGCAAUCUCCCAUCAGUCUAAAGUGACUGUUUAUCUGAUGUAAGCAACAGAUACACAUGACGAAGCUAUGAAGAUGCAAAGUUUACAAAUGAAACUAUAAUGAAUGUGUAAGGAUGAAGAACUUGGUCGUCUGAGCUAAUUAAUCUCAAGUUAGUAAUCAAAAUGGGAGCUUUAGGGGACACUGGAGAAGAUGAACUGCUGAAUGUGUAUUCAUUCUCCCUCAAAAUAGCAACUGAUGGGGUUGACUACUAGCUGUUGGUAAGAAUUUGCAAGAGUUCAGUCAUGAAACCUAGCCUCUAGAGGGCUGUAAAAUGUUCAUGAAGAGGCAAUUUCCUCCUGUGUUCUAAUAAAUUUGCUAAAUUAAUGUUUUUAAAUUGGUUGCACUACAGUGUGCUUGUGCAUGUCCAAUGUUCAACAGCUGUACUGUUUGGUUGCAGUUGGUAAGCCAUGUAACAUUUCCAAUUCAGCCCAGGAAACAUGAAUAAGUAUGUCCUUCUGCACUGUAUAGACCUGGAGUCUUACUGCUCCUUCAGACAGUUAAUUACCUCACAGUGAGAAUAUGGUAAUAGAGAACAGUUUAAGGUCAUGGAUUGUGAAACACCAUCACAUACACAUAGAGUGAUACAGAGGACAAUCUAUAUAAACACAGUUGGAGAUCUUAUUUGUGUUUAAGCCAGGAUUGAUUUGUUUUUCAAUCACUGCCUUUACAUUUCAAAUGUCCAUUCAUAAUUACAACUCCCUGUAUGUAAUAACAAAUUUCCCAUAUAAAAGUUAACUCAUUCUUCUUUAGUCAGCACUGGCUAGAAUUUCAGUUACUGAGUAGAAUUUAAACUGUGACUCUUCAUCACUAAUUACUGCCCAGGCUCAGGCUGGUAAAAAGGCACAGUGCUGCUCCCUUUUAUCUACUUCAUGGCAAACCCUCAGGAGACUGCAAGGCUGAUUAACUUAUGAUUGCCAUCCUGGGGACUGAAUUGAAGACUUCUCUGGCUGGAAGCUUUAGCUAGAGUUUUCAUAGCUUUAGUUUAUAUUUUGGUAGCUUUAGCUAGUUAGACAACAUAAGAGACUUGCAUAGUCAGUACUUAUAAGAAGCACUUUUCCCCUGAUUUCUGGGCUACAGCUGCACUGCUAGCAUGAUAAUGGCAUUAGAAACAGCACUGCUGAAAUUGGGUGCUUAGGAGCUAGUCUGUGUUUGUGCCAUAGCUGCUUUUUAGCUUGACUGCACAUCAAUAUGUGAGGUUUAAGUAGUGUUAUUUGCAGCCACGCUUCACAGAGUAGUAAAGUCCUGCCUGGUCAUUAUACCUUCUUCCUUCUAAUUUGGCUCACCUUGAUAUAACAUAAAUAUGGCUCUAAACCUAAAUAUCUGGAAUGCAGAACGUGCAGGAGCAAGUAGUGUGGAAGCCCAGAGACAUUUGACCUGCUUUUCACCUGACCACAUUAUGUAACAGCACAGUCAGUCCAACAUAGUUCAACAUAAUCCAGUAUUAUUAAAUGGAGGAGGGAGAACCUGAUAAAGAUUAUGAAUGUAACCUAGGGUCUGUAGGACAAGAAGUGAUUUCGAAGUUUAGUCAGUUUGACUUUUAAAGCUGGUACUUCAGUUCCAUUGGAACCUGCGUGAAGUAAGGCCUGGAACAGUUCAGGCAAGUAAAAUACAAUUUUCUUUUUAAAGAGUCAUCUGCAAUAAGUGAUAUAAACAUCUGCAUUGACAGAAGGACAUGACAGUUGUAACCAUUUAAGGAACUACUUAGAACAGCUACCAUCUGCUGUGUUUUUUUCCUUGGUUAGUAAGAGCUUUUGAAAUUCUUCAUUUGCUGUGUCUCAUUCCUGUCCCUGAUUCUCCAGCAGGCUUUCCCAUAACUUUCUGAACAGUCAAGCUACUUUUUCUCUAAGUAGGUUUUAGCUCUUAUAAGCAAGUUCAUGACUCUGACAUAUCUUUUAAGAACAUGCAUGUAAAACAGUAAUGUCUGUUUCUCUAAAGUGCAUCUGUCAUGGCAGACUGAAAUUUCAGGAACUUUUGGAAGCUCAGGUGUUACUGAAGUCUUUGUACUUUUAUGGAGUUUUUUCUUCUCUGUCCUGUGAGAGGUUAUAGAUCUAGUGGGUGUAUGUAUGAUCUAUUAUUUUUUCAUAGCAGUGCCUCUGUUUGCUCAUGUUGGUGCUAAAUCUGCUAGAUCUUCACAAAACAAAUUAGAGGGCACUUGAAUGUGGCCACUGGCUUACAUCUUGACCCCACCUCUCCUGCCUUUUAAGCAGUAGCCAUAUAAGGCAAUGGGCUCACUCCCAAUGUACACAGCGAAUACUGGAGAAAGGUCUCAAAGAGGCCAAAGUCUCUUUGGUCUGGAUUCAGACCUGAAUCUGACCGGACCUAAACCUUAGGACAGUAACAGACUUAACGUUUGGGUUCCCUGUGAAGUCAGAGGAGUUGAGAUGUUCUUCUCAGCAGUUAUUCUCCUGAGCUGGUUUAUGGCCCUUUUGCAGAUGGAAUUUAUUUGAACUUGUGGUUCUCCAUGCUAGAUGAAGUACAAGCACCCUCAAACACCUUUCUUUAAAAGCUAAAACCAAAAAGGCUGAAGAAAGUUGUUUGAAAAAAGCAAUCGUAUCGUGAGAAAUAAUUGGCUGAAGAUGUCUUAGAUGGUGACUGUUACUUUCAGUAGGAAUACUAGAUUGGGAAGUAUAGACAGUCAAACCAGAACCUCACGUAUUUUUUUUCCUUCUUUUCUCCUUCAGAAAUUAUUCUCUUUUCCACUUCAAGAAAUGAUUUUUUUUUCUUCUUCAAUUAACUUCCCUUCCUUUAUUUCAUUAAUUUAUGUUUCCAUUGAUGUUCUCAGUGGCCUUUUUUCUCCACUGAGAACCAGAAGACUGUCACAUGCGUAAGAAGAGAUCUGACCCACCCAAGUUUACCUUUUUUCCCAAUGCACUGACAUUUAAAAGCUACAUCUUACAAUAAAGCAAAACUGUGGCAGUCUGAUUACAAGCAGUUUUGGUAAACACUUGAUUAUUUAACAAUGAGUCAUUUCUGCAGUAACCUCAUUCUGUCAUGACUGUAUCACAUCUGCUAACUCUCCAAAGCAAAAAUCAUAACCUGUACUGGUUUAAAACAUGAAUACAGCCUCAUGGUUCAUAUGUAACACUCUAUUCAAACAAAGAAGCCAAGUGCUGUAUUUUUAAAAGGGCAAAUUAUUUGUUUUCAAAGAGAAAAUACCAUAGAGAACAACAAGAUAAUUAUGAAAGGCUGUCCAUUCUUUAGCUAUUCUCACAGUAGCUGGCUUCACCGCUAUUCUUCAAGUCUUUGUUCUCUUUUAAAGCCUUUGUGUUUUUGGAGCGUAAUGUAUCUGGAGCAUAGCAUACUGGGGCUAGGGUUCUUCUGCUGCCCUAUGAAUUGACUCCCUGCCUCCUGUCCUGCUGUUAUUGUUGACCUCAAUCAUAGCUGAGUUAGGCCUGAGUGGAGCACAGCCUCCUUCCCAUAAUGCCCUGUUGUCCUCAAACUAGCCCCUACUGAUGGGAUGAGAACACUGAAGGCAGCGUAUGGCUUUUGGAUCUUAAGUCAGUUUGAAAUGAUGUGAUAGUGCAGAAUGCUCCUGGCUGCUAGACAACAGCAUUUCUGAUAAACUACUUUGAUUGUAACACUGCAGUUUUAAUUAAUUUUUUAGCAUUUCUUGUAACAGUAAUUCUAUCAAUUUUGUUGGAAGACAGAGGAAAUAGCCAAUAAGGAUGGAGUGAUAAUGACAAAGUAGUAAAUUGGGAAAUGGUUUAAGUGAAAUGUAGCCAACAUUCUGUAGCCUCCUUGGAGAGCCUGUACUUAAGAGUGCCAUUCUAUGUUAAAACUAAGCUGUGCUAGUCUAUUGAAGUGCACAUACACUACUACUUUAAAUGAGGUAGCUGAAUUUACUUCCUUUCACUUUUUUCUUGAAAAUACAGGAGACAUACACAGUAAUGAUUUAGGUUUUUUUUGCAAGGAGAGCUAUUGGGGAUGUACCACCCCAAGGCUUGCUGCUCAUGUGCUGCAGAAGUGCUCAAGGACUUGAGUCAAAUAAGGGCUCCAGAGUGAUUCGUGCAUUAAAUAUAUAUACCUUUUGCUGUACACAACUUCAGUCUGCCAGUAAUAACAUCUUUUUGACACAGUAUAAUCAUUUGCUUAUCCUCAUUCCACUCUAAUAUUCCACUCUUUUCCACUAUUAAAUGGUCCACGGAAAGGAUGGAAAAACUGUGCUGAAUCCAACACAUUUUUCUGACAUUGUGGACAUGUGGUGGUGGUGGUUUGUGCUUUUGGAAAGAGAAGAGUUUAAAAGAACUAAGAGCCUUCAUUAAGUUAGUGUAUCGUUAGAAAUUAGUUUCUCCCCCUGAUAAGGUGCAGAUCUAUUUGAACUAAGACCAAAUAACGUGGAAUCAUAGAAUUGUUAAGGUUGGAAAAGACCUGAAGAGAUCAUCAAGUGCAACCAUCAGCUGUAGCUGCUGUUGUUUUCUUGGUAAGAUUUGAGAUGAUACAUACGAUAGAGCUGUGAAUUCAUAGAAGUACAACACACAAUUGUUUUUGGAAGUUCAAAUAUUAAUAUUUAUAGAAUUUACCUGAAAGGUUGCAACAGUUUCUCCAUUAGUCAGGCUCGUGUUGGUUAGACCUGAAAAUGUAGUGUUCAGUGUGGCCCCCUGGUCACUAGCAAUCUACAGCGUACUAAAUGCAAGUUCAACAUUUCAUGAAACUUAAAAGGAAAACUGACUCAGAAUAAAAGUAGAACUGUAUCAUAAAGGCUAUGGGUAUACAGUUUAUCUCUAAAUCUUCUUUGUCUAUUAUUUAAGUUAUUAGCAGCUAUACAAAUUAGACAAAUACUUAGCUUCCAAAGCCCACUUGUUAAUGACUUAAAGAAUACUUUUUUCAUUAGAAAUGCUAAGUUCAAUAUAUUUUCCAUCUACUUUUUUCCCAACUUGGAUAUAAGAUUAAAUGCUAAUGUAACUAAGACAUAUGCACAGGUCUGCACAAUGAAAUGUUACUGGUAGUCAACUAUUUGUAAUGAAAUACAUCAUUACUUUGUCUUGUAAAUGAAAAGUCCUUCCUCCUCAACCACAUGGUAAAAUAUUAGUCACAUGAUGUUUAUCAGCACCACUGAAAGAUUAGACAUCAGUCUAACAUAGCCCCUACUAAUUUAGCCCCUACUCAAGAGCAGGGCCUAAAAGCUUCCUUUGUCUGUUGCAAAAAUACAUUUUGAGGGGGAAACAUCAACUGUCGUAGAGGUUAAAUUUUUAUUUCACAACUAUUUUUUCCUCCCCUGCUCCACAAGCGUAUAUGUAUGUAGAUAAACAUUUGCCUUUUGGGUGAUACAUUCUUUUUCCAAGUAUGAAAGAGGUAAAUUAUGACCAGUAUUUACCAUGGGCAAUCUUCACUUAGUUUUGCAUUAUAAAAAGUUCUCAUAGUGUCCAUAUAUUAACUCUUAUUAUUAAAGCCAUUUAGCCAUUGCAGGAAAUAAGAGUUUGUAGCCAGCUAAUUAGUAUUUUUCUUAAUCGCUUAUGUUUGAGUGAGUUUUAAUGCUGAAAAGCAGCCUCUGAAGGUGCUAUGCAUGCAAUUCAGCAAUGUAGACUUGAAAUGAACAAAUGGUUGAGUAUUUCACAUUCUGGCCUUGAGUGAAGAACAAAGCAUGCCCUGUUUUGGAAGCUACUUCAGCACAUGCUUAAGCACAUAGAGAAUUUCUACUCUCUGGGAGCUCUGAGGUAGAAGUGAAGGAAAGGGAAGAAGUACAUAGCUAUGUGUCUUUUAUCACCAUCUGAAAUUGAGGGCAUACUGCAUCAGACAAUACUAAUGGAGAGAGACAAUUGAAAGCCUCAUUUGUCCUUACUAAAUCCAGGCCUGAUGAAGAAUCCAUGCUAUGUUCUAAUUCAGGAGAGGAAAAGCCUUUUUUUUGAAUGAUAGAAAAUUAGGUUGGAAUGGUCUUCUGGGGUUUAUUUAUUCCAAUCAAAGUAGAGCCAACUGUGAGGUUAGAUCAAAUUGCUCAGGGUUUGUCAUGCUAAGUUUUGAAAGUUUCCAAAGCUGGUGAUUCAAGAGUGAAUUCUGCCAGUACAUAUAUUGUCUGCCCCACCUAGUGACCACCUUUCUAAGUUUUGGGCACCAUGAUGCAGGAAGGACAAGAAACUAUUAGAGAGCAUCCAAAGGAGGGCUACAAAGAUGGUGAAGGGUCUGGAGUGCGAGAUCUAUGAGGAGUGGUUGAGAUCUCUUGGUUUGUUUGGCUGAGCAGAGACCUUUUGGCAGCUGCAGCUCCUCACAGGGAGCAGACAGGCAGUGCUGAGCUCUGCUCUGUGUGACAGCGACAGGGCCCAAGGGAAUGGCAUGGGGCUGUGUUGGGGAGGGGCAGCUGUGGGUCAGGGAGAGGUUCUGCAUCACAAGGCAGUGGGUGUAGAACAGGCUGCCAGGGCAUGGCCCGAGCUGCCAGAGCUCAAGGAGUAUUUGAACACUGCUCUCAGACAUAGGGUUUAGGUGGUCCUAUGUAGAAGCAGGACUCGAUGAUCCUUGUGGGUCCCCUACCAACUCAGGAAAUUUUAAGAUUCUUUGUGAUUUAUGGCACUGGAACAGGUUGCCCAGUGAUGUGGUUGAUUCCCUGUCCCUGGAGACUUUCAAGGUGAGGCUGGAUCACGCCCUGGGAAACCUGAUCUAGCUGUGGUGUCCCUGUUCAUUGCAGGGGAGCUGGACUAGAUGGCCUUCAGAGGUCUUUUCCAACUCUAAUGAUUCUAUGAUUCUAUGUUUUUGCUUUUUUUAAUGCACCCUUCUGGUAAGAGUCAAACUCAGAUCCUGUGGGAAUAAGGACGACUCCCAUUUUUCAGAGUUUUCACUACCACAAGAAUGGUUCUUUCUUCCUCUUUUACACUGAAUUAUGCCAGGUCUGAUGAAGCUGAGGAUAUCAGCGUAUUCUUUCCCUCCUGCAUAUAUGAAGCCCACACUUCUGACACUGAAGCUGAGGCUAUCAAUAGCAUUCAGUCAGCUUCAAGGCAUCUGGUGGUCUGAUUCUGCACUGUUUGAGGUCAGUGACAAUACACUGACUGGUUACUAAGUUACUACAGUGGUACAACAGAAAGAAGGGGAUUUACUUACAUCCUAGUUUUCCUCACAAGUCACUUUAACAAUGCCAGUCCUUGUUCAGUGCCACUGGAAUGGCAAUGCAAAACAAAAACUUUUCUUCUAUCUCCUUCCUUUUAAUUCUUCAAACUUUCUUUCCUCUAAUAUGAAUAACCAGUAAUUUGCUUUCAGUUGUCAUUUUAAAAACUAAACUCCAGACCAAACCUUUAAUUGCAUCCUUUUAAAGACCAUACAGUAGUGUUAAGCUAUGUAGUAAUGCAUUCAAAAAGGAUCUGAAAGCCUUUGCUGAGAACAGCAUCUCUGACCUCGUGGACUCAACUGUACUGGGCAAGAAAUUGUGAUUUGUGCCUCUAUAGAAAACAUUCCAUUUGUGUCUUAUUAGAGCUACCUGGGAAGGAAAAAAAUGUGGAGACUAGGAAAUUUAUUGAAGUGCUCUACCUGGAGGUCAGUGGAAGUUAGUUUAUAAAUGAUGAAAUUCCACAUACAUUUUGAUGCUAAAAUUGUGACAACUGAAUGUUUGAUAUUACUGUUUUCCUGUGGGUGAUUUUUUUUUUUUUUUUGAAGUGGUGAACAUAUUUUCCAAGAAUACUGUAUACAUUUGUAACAUGUAUGUUUGUGCCAAUAAAUCUUGUUUUAAGUAGA